AUGGCGUCUGCACAUUUGGGCGAGUCCGCGCGCUACGUCCGGAUCGUGUUGCUGUCCGCGGCGUUCGCGUCACGCGGCGUAUCCGGCGACCGUCCGGUGGCCGACGCGCUGGACGACGGCGAAAAGUGCGCGGGCACGUCCGACGCGUGGCCGUGUCUGAGGGGCGCCGGUUCCCGGGCCGCGGACUCCGUGCUCGGGUUCCAGGGCGACAUCCCGCUGUUCGGCUCGUACUUGACCGUGGUGCACCGGCCGGGACGGACGCCGCGGACGGAGACGCCGGCCGGAAACGCGUCCGCCACGUCGGUGUACUCGAAACUGUUGGACUUCGCGGAGAGCCGGGCGCUGCGGGUGCUGCUGCCCGUCGAGUCGGUUGUCCGGCUGCUGGUCGGCCCGGAUGACCGGACGUCCGAGGCCGAAGGGCGGGACAAGAAAAACAAAGGCGGUAGCGCCGGUGUACUAGCCCUGGGCGGUAUGAUGUUGAUCACCACCCUGUUGUCCGCGGCGUUCGGUGCGUUGGCGUUGUUGGCCUCCAAAGCUCUAAUGACCAGCAUACUGGCGCUGAUGCUGUCGGCCAUGGCGGUCGUGAAAAAGUCCGGUGGCGGCCAUCACGCUCACGCCAGGACCACGUACGAGGUCAUCAACGGAAUUCCGAGCAGCUACCACCAGGCGACCAACUUCAAACUGGAGGACAGUGCCGUUAUCCCGGACGUGAGUUCAUGAAUUAGUUAUUAAUUAACGGCGUAAAUACAGCGCGGCGAUUCGGUUACGGUUUUCGUAGCAUUAUAAGAUUAUAUCGAUUUCAAACACACCAAAUCGUGUCACGAAAUAGUUUCUGAUAGACGAUUUUGACUUAUCAAUGAAAGAGGCGGAGGUUACUUUUUAAUUUAUAUUGUAGUUUUGAAUUGUUCGAGAAAAUCGGAUAAAGAACGUAGGGAAAAUGUCUGCAAUAACGGUUUGUGUUAUAUUCUAUUUUGUUUCCUUUGUUGUAAGCGAGUUAAAAAAAAAAACAAACCGUAUAGACUUAAAAUGUAUACCGAAUAUAUUAGCUCUUCCUAGACGUGAUUUUCAAACUAUUGUGGCUGUAUUUUGAGGUAUUUAUACGUAUAGCCAUUUGAAAUUUGAUAUCAGGUUUAAAAAAAAAAAAAUGCGCGUUAAUUAUUAAUAUGGUUGUGCAAGCGUUUUAUGUUUAAAUUUUGACGAGAAUCUUAUAAUGGUAAUUUUAUUUUUACGGACGGAAGCGGAGAAAUGUACGCUGGACUCGUUAGAUUUGUUGACAGUUCAUCAUAUUACAAACAGAAUUUAUAAUUAAUUGCAGGUAUGCAUAAAAAAAAAUUAAUUCAUUAAUUCAUUUGUCUGUUUAUAAUACUAUAUUUUUAUGUUAUUAUAGUGUUUAAAGAGUCUAUAUUGUGUAAAUCUUAUACUAUAGACUCUAUAGUAUAAAGUCUUUAUAAAUAGGUAGUGAUAUUAUUUUUCCAAUGCCACGAUAUUUUAUCUAUUUCAAAUCGCUGUAGUACAUCUUGUUAAUGCACUUGGUCUGUAAUGAUUUUACAUUUUGAAACCUAACACAAAUUAAUCGUGUUCGGCGAAUUGCGUCUCAAAUAUGUUCAUCGCCAAUAGGUGAAUUUUAUCUAUUAUAUUAUUAUGACGGUUCUGCUUCGACCUACAAGUGUAAGUCAGUGUAACGCCGAAGAACAUCCAGAGAAGUUUUAUUUUCAAUAUCUUCCAUGCGCGUGUACGUUCCAUAUGUAAUAAUUUCGUUUCAAUAGUUGAAUAUAAUUUUUGUUUUUUUCUUUUACGGCGAAUGUCUGAAUGAACGAAUAGAAUGUUUCUAAAACAGUUUACAAAUCAGUAUUUACAGUAAUAUAUCACGUAAGACGGGCGAAUGUGACAACGGCGUAGGGUAUUAGGCCAUGUGGCAGUUUAACACGAGGAUGGUCGACCCCACGGGAUGACAGUGAAAAUAAAAAUGAAUCAGAAAUGAAAAAGAAGACAAGUGUCAAUCGGUGCGAUUGUAAACGUAAAGUGGGCCGGUUCUAUAAUUUGUUAGUAAUUCUGCAUAUAAUUUUUCUGUAUACCAAUGUCACAUUUCCGCUCGUUGAUUUUGAAUGUACAUCGUUUCCAUUUACCCGGCUUGACUGUCAUAAUAUUAUACUGACGAACGAUGUUUUGUUCGAACGAACGAAACGAACGUUGUUUACAUCGGAAAAGAUUGGGGGAAAAAAACCCAAACCCUCCGAGGACCGUUGAAUCGCAACCGGGAAGUAAAUAUCGUUCGUAGCGUCGAUAUUGUGUAAAACCAUUUAUAGGUAGAGACCGGGGAGGGGGGGGAGGGAUUCGCCUGGUCGGCGGAGAUAUCGCAGGGGACGCAGUAACGAUGUAUUUGUUCACCUAACGCCAAAUCAAUAUUAUAAUAACGGAAUUGUUAUUAUUGUUGUUGUUUACAGAUCAACGCUCAAUACGGCACCGGCCAAACCGAACCCGUCCAAUUCGCGAACCAGCAGUACGAUUGAAAAACAACAUAAAACGUUUAUACUAUAAAUAUUUUAACAGGUAAUUUUGGCGGGGGGGUGUUUUUUUUUUUAUUAUUAUUUUUUUUUAAACAUUUUUUUAUAAAAAUCGGGUUCAUCGCCGUCGCGAAUAAUAACACUGCAAUAGGUGUUCAUUUUAUUUUUUAUAUAAAACUAUUUACUUUUAGAAUACGCGAGUGUACAAUAUAAUAAAAUGUCUCGGUCCGAUCUGGUAU